AUGGGAUUCAUUGAAGGCCCUUUCCCUCUCCCGAAACCGCAAAGGAAGCGUGAUGUUAUGGUGACACACCCUGCCAAGGUGAUUCUAGGUGCUGCUGAGUUUGAACAAAUGUUGACAUACACUUGCACAAUCUCUGGAAGUAAGAGUCGACCUCAAAAUUCCGCAAAAUAUGAACCAAAGCAUUCUUCACUCUAUGCUUCCAUGGUUGGUGCUGCAGAACUUGAUUUGGGGAAGCACCGGGUCGAUCUCACAAGGUUCCUUCCUCUCACACUCGAAGAGCUUUCGGAGGAGAAGAGCUCGGGGAAAUGGAGCACAAGUUUUAGAUUAUCAGGAGCAGCUAAAGGUGCAGUGAUGAAUGUCAGUUUUGGUUAUGUAGUGGUUGGUUCCCAUGGUACCAUAGGCAAUCAGGAUUCUCCUAAUGAAUUGGGGUUGGGGCAGAACGAUUCGCCUUCUGCGAUGCAACUGGAUAAAGCACACGGUCUGACUAAAACAGACCUGUUGCGUACCGGAAGUUUGCCAAUCUUUUCCCCGGAUUAUUCAUCCCAAAAUGCAGAAGAGGUAAUGGAUCUUCAUGAAGUAAUGCCAUUGCCAAAAUCAGCUAGCUCAGGAGACAUCUUUCAUCAGAGUCCUGAUAUAGAAGAGAUAUGUUCUCCGUACAGACCUAAAGAUUAUGAAGAAAACAUUAACAAACCAGAUUCACCUGAUAUUGAAAACGAGAAUCCCAAAAAUCAUCAAGAUAUCGAAGAAAAAACAUCUCCUCAUGCAUGUAGCAAACCAGAAUAUCUUGUGUUUCAAGUUAAUGUAGAGACGGUUAAACCAGAGGAUUUUCCAUCAACUAAUUCCAGAGAUGAAAAGCAUGAAGGGUGUGAAUCUAAUGGAUAUUCUGUUGUUGAUAAGGCCAUUGAAUUUUUUUCAUCAUAUGAACGUGUUAAUCUAGAGCAAUCGUCCAUGAAGGCUGUUGUUAAAAAGCAUACAUUUAACAGUACCAAUACACUUGAUAGUGUUGCUGAACAAGGAUCUUCUCAAGAUACUGUUAAACAUGAUACGCAGGAAAAGGCUCUAGUAUGUGAAUUUUAUCACCAAGAUGACUUGUGCACCCAAAAACUUCCCUUGCAAGAAGCAGAUUCAGCUUUGGACAGUGUUAAAGAUUUGGAGGUAGUGGCACAAGUGUCUGGACAAGAAGAAAAUCCUGAAGAAUGGGAAGGAGAUGGAUUUUCUGCUGUUGAUAGGGGCAUUGAAUGCUCAUCAGAUGAACAUGUAAAAUUAGAGGUAUGCACUGCAAAGGCUCUUGUCGAUGAUCAUAAAUUUGACAGUACCAGCAUCCUUGAAACUGCUGUUAAACAUGAUUCCGAGGAUGAGGUCAACGAUGGUGCUGAGGAAAAGGCUAUAGUACAUGAGUUUUCUCACAAAGAACUACUCUUGCAAGAAAUAGAGUCAGCAUUGAUCAGUGUCAAAGAUUCUCCUAUGAUCAUGGAAGCCAAAACUGAAUACAAGAAAAGAAACACAUAUAGCUUGGAUGAUGUCACGGGUUCAUUUUUAAGCAUGCUUGGCAUAGACGAUAGUCCAAUGAAGUUGAGUCCUAAAAGUGGGCUCGAAUCUCCAAGAGAGCGCCUUGUAACACAAUUUGAGAUGGACAGUAGGUCUGAGGACUUCUCAUCGUUUGAUGUUGAUAAGGGAAGUAAUAAUGAAAUAGAUGAUGCUCACGAAACUUCUAUUGGAUCAGAGCCCUUGAACUUCUCUAAUUGUAUCAAGUCAUCAUCCUUUUCAGAAGAUCUUCAUGCAGGGCAUCUAGUUCAGCUCCAGCAUAUGAGCGAAGAAAAGGCACAGGCGUUAGAAGAGAUGGAAACAGAAGCCUUAACGUGUGAGUUGGGUUUGAAUGAGAAGGCUUUUCAAUAUUCUCCACCAAAAAACUAUGCUAGCUAUGAAAGUCCAAUUCAUGCACUACCUGAAGAGCCUUUACGCUUACCUCCAUUGGCAGAGGGUUUAGGCCAUUGUCUUCAGACAAGUAACGGAGGGUUUCUACGAUCUAUGAGUCCUUCACUUUUCAAGAAUAGUAGAAGUAGUGGGAGACUAGUCAUGCAGAUUUCUCACCCUUUUGUGGUACCUGCAGAAAUGGGUUCUGGGAUGAUGGAGAUUGUACAAUGUUUGGCUUUGAUGGGAAUUGAAAAGCUUUCGAUGCUGGCAAAGAAGUUAAUGCCUCUGGAAGAUAUUACAGGGAAGACAAUACAACAAAUAGCAUGGGAAGCUAUGACAAUAAAGGGAAAAGAGAGACAAUGCCAUUUGCAACAUAACUUGGUAACACAAGAAGAUACAACUUGUGUGCUAAGAGGAUUGAAGGGAACAUCAUCUGGUUCAGUUGGCAACCAGACAGGCUCAGAGUUUGUUGCAUUUGAAGCUCUAGCUCCAUUGGCUAUGGAUAAAAUAGAAGCACUUGCAAUGGAGGGUUUGAGAAUACAAUCUGGGAUGGAGGAGACGGAUGCACCAUCAAACAUCACCGCGCAAUCCUUUGGGGAUAUUUCAGCUCUGCAUGCUAAGGGAAAUAACAGUAACGAGUCCGAUGAAGCUGUUGCUUUGGGGUUGAUAGAAACAAAAGAUAGCAGUGUUGUUGAUGGGAUAAUGAGCUUAUCAUUGAGUCUUGAUGAAUGGAUGAGGUUAGAUUCUGGCGAGAUUGAUGAUAUAGAUAAUAUCAAUGAGCAUACAUCCAAAAUUCUAGCUGCCCAUCAUGUUAACUCCCUUGAUUUAAUUCAUCGGAUUUCAAAUAUCAAGAGGAAACGAGGAAACGAACCUGAGAGGAAACAUGGUUUGCUGGGAAACAAUUUCACAGUAGCAUUAAUGGUGCAACUUCGUGAUCCUCUGAGAUAUUUUGAGUCUGUUGGAACACCAAUGCUUGCUCUUAUACAAGUCAAGAGGGAGUUCUUCCCACCAAAGCCCAGGAAUCUAUCUGAGGUAGGUAACACCGAUGAGGAAGAGGAUGAUGAUUGUAAAACAAUAGGCAAGGUUGAGACAGAGAAACCUUCAGAAGGGGAGGGAAUUCCUCAGUUCAGAAUCACAGAAGUGCAUGUUGCAGGCUUGAAAACUGAGCAUGCCUACAAGAAGAAGGAUUGGAGGUCUUGGGGCACAUCAAGACACCAAAAAUCUGGUUCCCGCUGGCUGCUUGCUAACGGAAUGGGAAAGUGCGAAAAGAAUCCAUUCCUCAAGUCAAAGCCUGUUUCCACAUGUAAUGCUCCACUCACCUCUAAGGUGCAACCUACUGACAUAUUGUGGAGUAUAUCAUACCGUAUGUAUGGUACUGGAGAUAAACGGGUGGAUCUGACAGCAUUAAACUCACCUAUCAGGAAUCCCAAUAUCAUUAUACGGAAUGAAACUAGAAGACCACGUUGACCGUUGACUGUAGUGUGUAAAUUCAGCUUCAUUCUUGAGGUCGUCUCAGACUCUCAAGCAAUGUUAUACGGCUCUUAAAAUUGCGUUAGGCGUGUGAACCUCAAACUGGAGAUUGUUUGGUUUUGGCAGAGCACAAAUCAAACAGGACUUCCCCCUCAGAUAAAUGCUACAUGAGAGAUUAAGAUAUGUUUUUCAAUUGUUCCACUAUGGGGGGUUUGGUUUGUAAUGCACACGCAUCAACUGUAUUUACGCACUCUAAAAGCUUACUUGCUUGUGUAUACAUCCAGAAUUUUGUAGGGCAGUUCCACGAAUGGGUGGAACAUCAUUACAGGAACUAUAAA